AUGAAAGAACAUCGUAAUAUUAAAUCAACUAAUGUUACAACAAACAUGGCGAAUAAUCAUAAUCAAGUGUCAAACAAUACUGCUUCUCAACGAACAUCUUCUACAGAUCGACCAACAACUUUAACUAGUAUAACAAGCUAUAUAACUCCUCCUCCUCAGAAUAAUCAUCAUUAUAAUCUUAAUGAUAUUCAUAUGACUCCAUCACCUCUUGAUACGCAACCACGUAUAUUUCAACCAGGUACCCUCAUCGAGUCAGAUGUCUUUCAACGUAUACAAGCAAGUGUGGAUAAUAAAUUAAAUAAAAUUAUAAUAAAAAAAGAAGAAGAAGAAGAACAACAACAACAACAACAACAACAAGAAAAUGAAGAAGAGGAAACAGAUUCUGACAAGGAACAAGAUUUUAAUCAAAUUCUCAUCAAAGCAAGAGAUGAAGAAAUUCAACAACUUUCUCAAUUUAUUUUAACUGAGAAACCAAUAAACGAUGAAACUGCUCAAUUUAUUAUCAAUCAAUUGAAUCUUACAUUGGAAAAAACAAAAACAAUGACAUCUAUUAAUGUCAAUGAUAACAACAAAGAUCAACAACAAAUUUUAACAUCACCAUCCAUUAUUACAGUUACAACAACAACAACACAACAUUCAUAUCCACCUAUAAAUCAAACAGGUCAUGUAGAAGAUCAUGAUCGUCCUUAUGCUAAAUAUGGUCAUCUUAAUCGAGAAAUAAUUGCACAAGAAUGUAAUUUUAAUCUUCAAUCAUCACCUACCUCAUACAUUCCUCGAUUACAUGCAAAAUCAUUUGCUAUUACAUCAAUGACAAAUGUAUCGAAAGAGUUAGUUAUGAAGAAAAUUAAAGAAGAAUUUGGUAUUGAAAAUAUUCAAUAUAUUUGUAUUGGUGAAGAAAUAAGUGAAUUGAAUCAUCAAAGACAUUUACAUAUACAAAUUAUAUUUAAAGAUAGAAUUGAUCGAAGAAAACCAUUUCUUGAUGAUAUAACACAAACACAUUGUAAUUAUCAAGUAACUAAAAAUGAUCUAGCUUGGAACGAAUAUAUUAAAAAAGAUGGUAAUUGUAUUGAAUUUAAUGAAUUUAAAUCAACAACAACACGUGGUUCAAAACAAUGGCCACCAUUAUCAUCAUCACCUUCAUCAAGAUCACCACGGUGUCGAUCACCAUCUACAUCUAAUACAAGAACAACAUCACCUGUUAUGACAACGACAAUGAAUCUUCCUCCUGCUGCUCAUCCAUCUGUAGUACCAAAGGUAACAACUGCAAAAGUUCAAGCAGAAGAAAAACGUCAAUAUCAACUUAAUAUAUAUAAACAAGCAGUCAAAUUGGCCGAAAACAAUGUUGAUCAUGCUAUGGAUCUCAUUAAAAGAGAAAUGAUUGAUAAAUUUGUUGAACGUGGUACCUGGUAUUUAGCAAUAUUCAAUUAUGUCCAUUUACGAGCACAACGUGAAGCCGAUCAAAGAGGUGAAAUUGAUAAAGAUUAUAUUUGGCCUGAUUCAUUUCCUCAUUGUACACCACAAUUACGUGAAGCUAUGAAUCGUUGGAUCAAAGAAGAAUUUAAUCGUCCAUCACGUGCAAAAUGUCUUAUUAUAAUUGGACCAACUAGUACAGGAAAAACAUCAUUUGCAAUGUCAUUACCUGGUCGUGUUAAUUAUUUUCAAGAACGAUGGAAUUUAGAUGCAUGGAAUAAUUAUGCUCGAUAUUCUGUUUAUGAUGAUAUUCCAUGGGAUGAUUUUAGUAAACUUAAUUUUCCUAAUAAAAAAAAUUUACUAACACAAAAAAAAUAUAAAAUAAGUGCUUCUGACAAAUAUCGAGGAACAAAAGAAAUUAAUGUACGACAACCUGCAAUAGUUCUCAUGAAUCCUGAAGAUGCAGGUUCAUUAUUAGAAGAACCCAUCACUGAUCUUCAGAAGAAAACAGCCGAAUAUUGGAAUAAAAGAGCAUUCAUUUAUAUCAUGGGUGCUGAUGAAUACUUUUACAAACCACAACAUCGAGUGACAACAAAUCCAAAUAAUAGUCAAGUAUCAAAGCAAGGUUCACCACCUAUGGUAAGUAAUCAAGAAACUUUGGGUGAAUCUGAUGAAUGGGAAAAAAUGAUUCAACGCUACCAACAAAAACAUCAAAAAUAA